AUGGAAAAGUCGGCAGAAGUUGAUGGCUUUGGAUUUAAGUGGGGUAAAAAGAGAGGAAACGGUGUAGAGAACAAGGAUGUCCAGUUCUAUGAAUCUUUCACCUAUGAUGGUUCUGAAUACUCUCUUUAUGACUGUGUCUUGCUUGGCGUUGCUAGUAAACCAGACUCUCCAGAGUUCUUUGUUGGCAAGAUCAUAAAAAUGUGGGAGCACACUGAUCAGCGUCAAAAUCCAAGGAAUGUCGAGCUACUCUGGUUUUUCAAACCUUCUGAGCUUUCGAGGUAUCUUCAAAGAGUUCAAGAUGUACUUCCGAACGAACUGUUUCUGGCUUCGGGUUCAGGUGUUGGCCUCACCAAUGCAAACCAAUUGGAAGCAAUUUGUGGAAAAUGCAAUGUUCAAUGCAUCUCAAAGGACAAAAGAAAUCCGCAACCUUCAUCUGAAGAAAUCAAGCUGGCCGACUUCGUUUUCCACCGAACAUUUGAUGUUCAAAAUUCCAAAAUCUUGGAAAAGAUAGAUGAUAAAAUUGCUGGAGUUGAUGUUAAAUUUAUCUUUAACAGAACCAGUUGUGAGAAAAAAGCUAGUGCUGUACAGAAAGUGGCAACCGGCGUUCAUGGGACUGCACAUAGUUUGAAACCCAAUCGUCCUUCAACUAGUGGUUCAGUUAGGCAGAAUGAACGCAACGCCAGAGAUUUGUAUGGUCACAGGAAGAGCGAUUAUGGUCACAAGAAAGAAGAAGAUAAUGAUUUUCACAAACAGUUGGCUAGGAAAAAGUCUGCAGUUGCAGAAGAAAGGUCUAACAAGGAUCCAGGUCGGCGUGAUGGUGAACUUGACAAUCGUAACGCUUCUGGAUCUAGGAGAAACGAUUGCAAUGGAAAGAAAGACCAAGACAACGAAGUUGAAAACCAACUGCGCAAACAAAAAUCAAGGCUUGCAGAGGAAGGAUGCAGUAGGGAUUCUUACUGUUUGGAGGACUUGCCUCGAAAGAAACGGAAGCUAGAUGGUUCUGUUGCAGUAUCAAAACACACCGAGGAGAAGAGGCUUUCCGAUGCCAAUUACAGAAGAGAUUAUGGAGUCUUUGACGUGACCCAAAAGCCGCACGUUACGUGGGAAGAAGACUUGGGGAGUGCAGAGGGGCGAGGGACUCUGGUUCUCCUUCAAAACUUGGAUCCUACUUGUACAUCUAGUGAAGUGGAGAACAUAGUCUACUCUGCUUUGAAUGAGCAAUGCACGGCGAGGAUGAUAGAGCGGACGUCAAUUACUAUUCCUCAUCUUGGUGAAGCUUUGGUGAUAUUCAAGACAGCGGAUGCUGCGAAAAGGGUCAUUAAAAGACUAGAUGAGGGAUGCUUGUUGCUAUCAAAUGGAAGGACACUUGUUGCUACUUCUGCUAAGGUGAAUCCUCCAGAGAUGCCUCGAUUUCGGUUCCCUGGCCAUAUUAAACCCAGAAUUCAAAUCCGACGAGAGAUGAGAAAUGCCGUGGCUACAUCACACUGUGCUCAACGUAACACCAUUGAGUUUGAUAUGGGCAUGGAAUGGCGCCUGCACCGAGACAGAUUCGAGCUGGCUUGCAAAAGGAUUUUUGAGGUAAGCAUUGAUCACUGUUUCAUAUGA